AUGGACGCCUUUACUCGCGCUUGCGUGCUAUUUGUAUUAUGUGUGGCCUGGAUUCAGUUAACGAUACCCUACGAUAUCCGUCGUCAUCCAUGCUGUGUCGGAGUCAACGAGAAUAUCACACUAGCAAUGAUCAUCGACGCGUUCGAGAUCUACGGCCACGACCCCACAGACAAGUUGGACAAUCUCUGGCUUUACCAGAAUGAGAUGAUGCGUAUAAAAACAGCUGAAGAUCAGUACAUAAUUAAUGAACGAAUUCACAUCGCGACUGACCAUCUUGGAAGAUUCAUAAGACUGCACAUACAAGAAUUGAAGGUACUCCUGAUAACUCUUGACGAUGUGAUCGACAACAUGCUGACGAUGUACGAGAACCAUAACUCUAUCGCUGCUGAGAGGAAGGCUACGUACACCGGUGGACCUGUGCCGAUGGAGUUUUAUAUCAGCCAAGAAUUCUAUUGCGGAAAGAACGUCUAUUUAUUCAUAUCGGAGCUUUACAGCGACAUCUAUAACAUGGGGCGGGGUCUUGCGCCGUACUGCAAGGAUCGCUCUUUCAUCUUCCUUGGAUUUCUACACUUCCAUGAUGAGCAGAAGUAUUAUUUAUUAGAUGAUCCCAGCGUAUCAUUCCCCACCGAUAAUUACCUACAUGGCUUGGAAUGUCACAUUGGUAUUUGUAUAUUCAGAUUUCCAUUCAAGAAACUGGUGCAAAAGGAAAGAGAUGUUGUAACGUUGCCCAAGGCGAUAGUGAAAUGCGGCCUCAUCAUGUACAAGUUACCACCACUCACGGCUACCGCUUGCAUCAUCGCGUCUGGUUCCUUCAUAUUAGAUUUCAACAUACAGGGUCUUCGGUAUCGACAUUAUGAUUAUUUAUUGACUACACCAAACGGCCACACAUACUACACUAAGGAACAUCACACUCCCCUCGUGUGCGACCACCAUGUCUGCGAGUGGAACUACACAAACCAUUACGGAGGUCCAUUUCUGAUACCCGGCGACCCUGGGACAGGGAUUGACCCAAUACCACCGUACAUCGAGCCAACGCCCACGCCAGAUAUUGUCGACGAGGAUGAAAAUAUAACAGUACCAUAUAACCUGGAUGGCUGUCUUUUUAUGUACCCUCCAAACUACGGCUCCAUAGCCGGUAAAAGUUAUUUGGACGCGGUAGAACUGCACGACGAUAGGUUUACUUGUAACGCAGCGGGCAAUAAGGGUCUCUACUGGUAUCCGCAAUGGAUGGGAACUCUUCCUCAUCAUCCGUACCCAUCGCUGCUCGACUCCAAGAGUCCGUUUGAGUCAGCGGGACCGUACUACCCUCAUCAGACAUAUGACAAUGAGGACGCAGAUAUUGAUACAUAA